GGAAUUAAGUGUGAAUGAGCUGAGAGUGUUUGGAGGAGACCUGAGAGGGGAGUCGGAGGAGUAGGAUGGAGCAGAGCAGUGUGGAGUCCUACAUCAGGGCCAAGUUUCAUCUCUCAGCCUGUCUCAUCUGCUGGGCUCUGAUCAGAACCUGCCAGAGGAGGUUACGGGCGUCUUCGGCCGUCUCGCAGACUCCAGCUGUCAGGAACUCUGCUACAGAAGAUGUGGACUCACUUCCGGAGGAUCACGCAGAUGUUCGGAGUGAACCAACGCAAGAAGAAGCUCUGGACAUGAUGGAGGAGUAUUUUGAGACACGCUCGUGGCAUAGCAACACAUCCUCGGAUUGUACUGAAGAUCAUGAGAACUUCUCUUCUCCUGGCCUCAGAAAGCUGGACUCAGAAAGUCAUCAUGAAAUCUUUGACGUUUCACAGAUGAACACGGUCGGAGAGAACCUCAUGUUCCCAUCAGGAAGCGAGUGCAGUGUGACGAAUUUGGACGUAGGUUCAGGAUGUGCAGUUCUCAAGGAAGCUGGAUUUCCUUCUUUCACAGACACUUGCAUGUUCCACACACCACAAGACUCAGAUCUUUUUACAACUUCUAAGGAAUUCGUGGUAAAAGUGGAAGACAGGUGCAGUGCAGGGAUUUUAGAUGGUUUGUUGUGUGAUGAAGCUGCAGAUUCGUCGCCAUCUGAGAAGGCUAGACUUCCUUCCAUCCUGCAGUCCAGAACAUCAUCAGGAGGCUUGAUGGGUUCAGAUUUAAUUGCUGCAACCAUAGGAGAUGUGGAUGUUUUUCCUUCUAAAUCCCUCAGUAAACUGGACUCUUCUCAUUCAGAAAGUUCGAGUUAUGUUCUCGAGAUAAACACUGGCAAAGAGCAACUCAUGACACUAUUAGCCAAUGACCCGGAGGUAAAGAUUGCUGAUGAUUCAGGGCUUCUUUCAUUUCCUGAGCUUGUGUCAGAGGAAGCUGGACUUCCUUCCAUUUCUCAGGCUACAUCUGAAGAAAGAUCUACACUGACUGACAGAGGUGAAUCAGCACCUCAGUUAGAACAAACUCCUGAUUUAAGCACAUAUCAUGGAACAUGUUCUUCUCCUAAAAGCUCUCCUGACCUCAGCAAUCUGCAUUCAGUGUGUGAUGAAGUUCUAAAUGUUUUAUACCUUGAGGAAGCUGGACUUCUUUUCACCUCUCAGGCUGCUGUUUCUGUCCCUGGUUUGUUAGAUCCACAACUUCUCACAAUUCCUGAAGAAACACCUGGGCUUAUCUACAGAAGUACAUCCGCACCAGAGUUAAACAAGACUUCAGCAUUCACUGCUAAAAGGAAUUACGUAGCUCACGGUAUUAUCUUUCCUUCUCCUAAAAGCUCUCCUAACAUCAGAAAUCUGGACCGCUCUUCUUCAGAUAAAAAGAACAAUGGUCUUGACAUGAACAUGGAUGUAAAGCACCACAUGGUACCACUGGAUAAUGACUUAAGCUUGGUAACUUCAAAUGAUCUAGAGAAUGCAGAACUUGUUCAUCAAUUAUCUCCAGAGGAAACUGGACUUCCUCCCAGCCCCCAAGCUUGCAUGUUUAACACAGAUUCUAUCAAUGAGCGAUGUGAAGCAAAACACCUUAGCACUCCAGAUUUAGACAUUAUGGACUUUUCUUCUUCUGUACACAUUAGCAUCUCCAGAAACUCUUUGCAUUCAGAAGGAAAGAAUGAUGAUCUGGAAGUGACGAUUCAAGGAGAGGAACUCAUGGAAGGUGUCUCCAAUACAAUUAGCUUAGAUGAUUCCAAGUGUGAGGAAGUUUUAAAUAGUUCAUUUCUUGAGGAAGCUGGAUUUUCCAUCAACUCACAAACUAGCGUGUCUUCAAAAAGCUUAACAGAUUCACAACUUUUGGUAUCUUCUAAAGAGACACUUGCACUGACUGGAAAAAGUGAAGCUGCAGCUCGGUUAGACAGCACUCCUGAUUUGGAUUCUACAAUAUUUUUUCCUUCUGAACAAUCUCCUGAACUUGCAAUUGUGAUGUCCUCUCAAUCAGAAGAAAAGAACGAUGGUCGGGUGAUGAACACAGAUGGAGAACAUUUCAUAGAACCUCUGCCAAGAGAAUGCAGGGUGAUAAUUCUUGAUGAUAAUUCUGCAGAUGGUUUAUCUAUUAAGAGGGUCUCCAAUGACGAUGGAAUUUAUUCUAUCUCUAAUGCUAAUAUAUCUGACCCAGGUUUGGUAAAUUCACAACUUUUUUCUACCUCUGUAAAACCACCUGAGUUCACCUGUGAAAGUGAAGCAGCUCCCCAGUUAGAAAAAUUGUCAACACUGGUUAUUGCCAGCAACAAUCAACUGGAUUAUUGUUCUCUUAAAUGUUCUCCUGACCUUAAGAGCGUAGAAAACCUGGAAUUAUCUUUUUCAGAAGUAAUGAAUGAUGAUCAGCAGAUGAAUGGUGAUCAAGCAGAAACUGAAGGACCAUUGGAAAAUUGUGCAGUAGAGGUCAGUGCAGAUUCAGGAGAUGAUUUAGCUGCAUGUUGGUCAUCUCUGGAAGAAGCUGGACUUCCUUUUAACUUACACACCACCACAGUAUCAAAAGACUUGAACGAUUCAGAACUUUUUACAGCUAAAGAUAACCUUUCAUCUACUGAACAAAGUGACACAAAGCUCGAGUCAGAAUCAGGAGGUCCGAGCAGAGAUCUUGCAGAUCCUUCUUCUCAACACUAUAAAAAUCUCGAUUUAUCUAAUUUAGAAAUAAAUAAUAGUUGUCUUCCAUUAAAAACAGACACAAAAGAACUUGGAGUGCCAUUGAUAAACACGACUAAGACCUUGUCCAAGGAAGCUGGACUUCCCUUCAUCUCCCAGUCUAGCAUGUCUGAUACAGAUCUGUCGAUUGACCAAAUUGACGCUGUGACCCAGUUGGACAGCAGGUCUGAUCUUAGUGUUGUUUCUAAACAGCAACUCGAUUUUCGUUCUCCUAAAAGCUCUCCAAUCAUAAAUCUAGGGAUGAACAUGAAUGUGGAUCAGCACUUGGUACCACUGGAGAAUGACUGCAGAGUAGCAAUGUCAGACGAUCUACAGAAUACAGACAUUGUUAAUCGAUUAUCUUCUAAAGAAGAUGGACUUACAGAUUUGAUCAGUUCACAACUUUUUAACAUUUCUAAACACACCCUUGCACCACCACAUGGAGAAAGAAGUUUAAAGAAUGCAUCUGAUUUAACUGGUCUAGGUAGAAAUGAAGAACAAACUGAUAGCAUAAGUAAAAUUGAGAAUAUCACAGUUUUUAGAAUGACCACAGAUAUUAUAGAACCUUUAGGGCAGAUGGAUGAAGCUGGAGUUAACCUUUUAGACAUAAAUAGCAAGAUGUUUGUUGAUCCAUCAGUAGAUGCUAAGAUGUUCAUGGUUCCAUUAAUGAAAGGAUGUUCUUGUGUUCAAUCUUGUGACAGAUCUGGGCUUCAACUUGAAGGUGCAUCAUCUCUCCAAAAUGAUCUGAAGCAGGUUUCAAACCUUAACAUCAACAGUUCUUCUGCUUUUAAAGAUGAUAAUGAUUGUUCAGCAGAGGAAGGUUCCUCAAGUCUGUUGUAUGUUGAUGAUUUCAUUUCAGAGCCUUAUGUACCAGUGAUCAGUAAACAAACUUUGGAUUUAGGUUUGAACAACGAUGAAACUGAAAGAUGGUCUAAUAAUUUAGAUGAUUUGGUAAACCUACAAUUCCUGCAAAACUCAUGCAGUGUAAAGGAAUUCACUGCCAAACCCCAGAAGGAGCAGGAGGUCAUUUAUUCAGAUAAGUCAGGUGACAUUGACUCUUAUGCGAUGCUGUUUUCUGGUAAAGAAUCACAAAGUGUUGUUUAUUCUCAAGGAAAUGUUCUAGAACACCCUCCGGGUCCAGUUGAGGUUUUCUUUAAAGAAUCAAUUCCUUUACAUUCCGUUAAUGUAACAAAAUGUAGCAAACAGCCCCUCGAAGGAGACCAAGUCUGUGCAAAAAAGCAGGAAGUUAGAAUUUCAUACGGUGAUUACUGCAUGCAGGAAAACACUGGUUUAAAAACCUUGCUGCAUUCUGCCACAUCUCAGGGUUCAGACACUAACAAUAAUACAAAGCAGCACACACCUGAGACUCUGCACACUUCACCGAGCUCCAUACUAGAACACAAGCUCUGGUGUCACACACAUCCAUCGGUGCAAGAUGGUCCUUUGGGUGUCCUUUCAAAUUUAUCAGAUAAUUCUGCCAGCUGCUUUGAGAAUCCUGAGACAAUCAUGAUGGAUUCCAAAAGGGAUAUUUUAAAUGCUCUUAGUGUAGAUGGUGGUUCUCAGAAGAACAUCUUUGAAAAAGAUCACCUGUUGGACCAAGCGCAAUGUGGACUGGUUACAUUCAGUGGUCAAAGUUCAGAGUUUUCACAAGCUUUUUCUGAAAAUGGACCUCUAUAUCAGAAAAUGUUCCAAGAGCAAAGCCUGCUGCCUCACUCUGCCUCAACCAGUGUUACUCAUGGAUUAGGAAAUAAUGAAUUUGAAACUGAACCUUACUGUCCAGAUUUUCUACAAUUCCAGAGUUUCCCUUUUAUCGAUUCUAGCAUUGGUUCAAUGUCAGAUUCCGAGAUUCAGCACAUUAUGGAGUCAGAGCAACCUCAAGAGACCUUAGAUGGUUUAAAUGGAAAACAGAAGGACCUUGGUUUAUCUGUGAACAGUAAUCAAAAUGAUAUGCUAUACAAUGUCAGGUCUGUAAAAGAAGCGUAUGAUAAACCAUAUCAUGUAGACACUACUUGUUUGACAAAUGAGUUUGAAAGUGUUGAUGAUCCUCCCAAUUAUGCAUCUCAAGAUCACAACUUUGUCACCAUAAAUAACAAAGUUGAAUUUACCAGUCAGAGCCCAACAGAAAGCAGCUUUACCUCCACCGACAGCAUCCAAAAGAUUAAGGAAACCAAGAGCAUGUCUGCAGGGAAAAGCUCAAGGUUCUCCAUGUUCACAAGAAUCCCUUCUUUCCGCAAAAGCAAGAGAGAGGUCAAGGAUGCAAUCCAGGUUGAGCCAGAGACAAAAAUACCUCCUGAGGUUAAAGAGGAAAAGAAUCAGCUACCUAACUAUAAUCCUGCUGCAGAUCUCGUGACAAAAUACGAGGAUCAAUCUAGUGACAUCACUGGAAAACUUGGUGUAUCCUGCAAUGGACGACCCAAAUCCACAUCCAGUUCUAAAAACACACAGCAAUAUAACUAUAACAGUGAGCGAGUGCAGAUUCAACCUGUGUUUAAUCUCCAAAAGAAAAGCAAAAACGGCGAGAACUUUCUCAUAAAGCUUGCUCUGGCUCAGAGGUCUCUGUCAAGCUUCUUCGAGGUCCGAACUGGUGAAAAAGACAAUCAACAGGAUUUCAACAUGCUGAACCAGGAUACAAAAUCCAGGCAGUCUUGGAAAAAGAAGAAACCAUCUAAAGAGGCCGAGCUGCUAAAGAGAACUCGCUCUCUUCCUGGACCAAGUGGUACCAAGUCUAGACGUGGUCUUCAGAGUGACUUUGUGUCUGGGUUAACUGAGGACUAUCCAGAUCCUCAGGAAUUCCAGAGCUGCAAGGAGGAUUCGAAAAGCACAUCACAUCCUGGCAUGCUAGCGUCCGGACCUGAGGCGGAGCUUGCAGCGGGGGAUACACUAUCUAAUCGCCUUGGUAAAAACUCUGAUGUUUUUGAGACUGUCCAAAGAUCUGAGGACAUUACAGAGACACUGAUGCACCCUAGUGCUUUUGCUCUUGCUUCUUCAUCUUUUACAAGAUCCCUAGGUUCCUUUGAAAGUCUUGAUACUCCCAGUAAGCCAAUCACCCCUAAACCACAAAAUCCUGGGGUUUGGAGCCAAAGGAGCAGUUUCCGCUACCCCUCAAAAUCUGUUGCUACCUCCUUGUGCUCGCUGGGUGAGGGUCCGAGUUUAGAGGGACAGUCAGAGGGUUCACAAAGGCGAAUUGUGCAAAGGGCAACACGACUCGCAUCGGCUCAGUUCUUCGAUUCUGAGUACUUAGUUGAGGGCAGCAACUCGGACAACCAAUCUCAAGCCAGUCUGGUGUCCAGCAGCUCGACCACAGAGUCUGAGCCUGGACAGGAUGGCUGUAAAUCCUCUCUUCAGUCGUCUUCCUCCGUGCUCCGUGUCAAAAGAAGCGACCGGCGUGUGCUCCGUCCCAGACCCCUCUCAGACCUCUGCAGCUGGAGUUCUCCUCUGCAGGAGAUUGGAGAAACGGCGGCCGAUUACACUCAGGAGAGGAACAUCACAGACAGUUUGAAGGCCAAGAUAGAGAAGCGCUCGUGCUCAGACGAGGGGCUCGGGGAGUUCCGAGAGGUGCCAAAGAUGAAGGCUGUGAUGCAGAGGAGCCUCGGGACACUGAGCUCGAGGUCUGAGGAGCAGCAGAAAGGGGGGAUGAGACUGUCCUUCACGUCUGCACCGCAGUCUUCCAUGUCCCUUAAAGAUCACUUCUUCUCUCAGAGCACUCCCAUUGGACUCGACUGUCUCCACUGGCCACGUCCAGUUUCAUUCUCAGAGUCGUGUCUGGUCCGACCCUCGGCGCACACACUCACACAGGCUGCAGCACUCGCGUUGGUGAUCGCUGAUGGACCUCAGGAUAAAUCAGGUGAUGAGGUGGGCAGUGAAGACGAGCUUUACAACGACUUCCACAUUUCUGCCAAUCGCUUAGGAGGAGGAGAGCAACUCGCUAUUAAUGAGCUGAUCAGCGAUGGCAGCGUGUGCGCCGAGGCUCUGUGGGAUCACGUUACCAUGGACGACCAGGAGCUCGGCUUUAAGGCCGGAGACGUCAUCGAGGUCGUGGACGCCACCAAUAAAGAGUGGUGGUGGGGGCGGGUGCAGGAGAGCGAGGGGUGGUUCCCCGCCAGCUUCGUCCGAUUGCGUGUGAAUCAGGACGAGCCCCUGGAGGACGAUGUGGUUCAGGGGGCAGGGGAAAGCGGGGGUGCAGGGGUGGGCGGGUCGUGUGGGCCUGGGUUACCCUGUAAAGAGCAGAUGCGGGCGAACGUGAUUAACGAGAUCAUGAGCACAGAGAGAGACUACAUCAAACACCUGAAGGACAUCUGUGAGGGCUACAUUAAACAGUGUCGUAAACGGACCGACAUGUUCACAGAGGAGCAGCUCAGGACCAUCUUUGGGAACAUUGACGAACUUUAUCGCUUCCAAAAGAAAUUUCUCAAAGCGCUGGAGAAAAAAUACAACAAAGAGCAUCCACACCUGAGCGAGAUUGGCUCCUGCUUCCUGGAGAACCAAACAGAUUUCCAGAUCUACUCUGAGUACUGUAACAAUCACCCCAACGCCUGCGUCCAGAUCUCCAGGCUGAUGAAGAUGAAGAAAUACGUGUUUUUCUUCGAGGCUUGUCGUCUGUUGCAGAAGAUGAUCGACAUCUCGCUCGACGGCUUCCUGCUCACGCCCGUGCAGAAAAUCUGCAAGUAUCCUCUACAGCUCGCCGAGCUCCUCAAAUACACCAAUCCUCAGCACAGAGAUUAUAAAGAUGUGGAAGCUGCUUUAAACGCCAUGAAGAACGUGGCUCGGCUGAUCAACGAGAGGAAACGCCGUCUGGAGAAUAUCGACAAAAUCGCACAGUGGCAGAGCUCCAUCGAGGACUGGGAGGGUGAGGACGUUCUGAGUCGGAGCUCUGAUCUGAUUUUCUCCGGGGAUUUAACCAAAAUCUCUCAGCCUCAGGCCAAGGGGCAGCAGCGCAUGUUCUUCCUGUUUGAUCAUCAGCUGGUCUUCUGCAAAAAGGACCUGCUCCGGAGGGACAUUUUAUAUUAUAAAGGACGCCUGGAUAUGGACCAGAUGGAGGUGCUGGAUGUAGAAGAUGGAAAAGAUAAAGAUCUGAAUGUGACGGUGAAGAACGCACUAAAGUUAGUGUCUCCAGACGGAGCGGAGAUUCACCUCCUGUGUGCUAAAAAACCCGAGCUGAAGCAGCGCUGGCUCCGAGCCUUCGCAGACGAGAGACAGCAGGUCCGACAUGACCGAGACACGGGAUUUUCCAUCACAGACCUGCAGAAGAAGCAGGCCAUGCAGAACGUCUCUAAACAUCCUCCAGCUGGAAAACCCAAAGCGGUGCCCCGUCCAUAUUACGACGUGCUGCUGCGCCAGAAGCCGUCGGCGUUGCCCCAGCAGGUCAUCGUGCUCGCCGAACCAAAGCGCAGAAACUUCUGGCACAACAUCGGCCGUCUGACGCCGUUCAAGAAGUGAGAGAGGAAGAGGACGAGCCGCGUGACGCACGUCUCACUUCACCACUAAUCACUAACAUCCUUCAGCCGGCAUGCGCGGCCCUGCCCCCUACUGGACGAACGGUGGUACCGACGGCACGCGGUACCACCAUUUCACCGGCUCUUUCCUGAGGUUAGGACAUCGUCCACCUCACAUCCCCCCUCUGGAAUGGUGCUCCACAGCGAGCGUGGCUCCGCCCCCUCGUGCCUGAGGAAAUGUUCCUGUUUGUUUUUACGUUUCGACGUGAUGCACUUUAUACAAUUGAGACUGAACUCGAGCCACACAGCUAAGGUGACUGAGUCACACGGCUGUGUGUGUGUGUGUGUGUGAGAGAGAGAGAGACACUGUUGUAUUUCAUGUUAAUGGAAAAAAGGGUUAAACAUCGUUCCAUCUAUAUAGGUUUUUAUUUUAGUGACACUUUAGCACAGAAAUGAACUGCACAUAUAUAUAUAUAUAUAUAUAUAUAUAUAUAUAUACACACACACACACACACACACACACACGUCCUGACUGCAUUUCCCUCUCAACUGUCACCUUCAUGUAUUCGGGUUUGUGUAUAAGAACUGGUGUAGAGCUCGUCUGAAGUGCCAUCCAGUUUCUUUAUACACACACACACACACACACACACACACACACACACACAGUGUGGCCUGACCCUGAGCUGCUGUGAAAGCCGCCGGUGUUGGACGUGUCCCCGGACUGACUGAUCGCUGGGUGUAAAUAUAAACAGGGUGUCACUGAUUAAACAGUGUUCUAAUGAUAAAUAAACUGUUUAACAAGA